AUGCAGGGGACCCAGGGGAAAACCCCAACGGUCAAAUCGGGGACACUCACCCGUUUCCUGAGAGAUAGCACCGAGCGAGACAUGGAGGCCGCGGCCGCGACCUCCAAGAUGGCGGGAACAGACCUCUUGGCGGAUUCCCAACCACUAAGCCCACAACUCUCGGAGUGCUCUCUGAAAUCAUUGGAGAUCAACCCAGUCUUGGACAUCAGAGAUCUAUUGAGAAAUUUACCGUUGAAAACGGACAUGGAACGCAUGAUCCACAAAUUAGAAUCCUCACUGCAUUCCAAGAUGGCGGAAAUGGGAACUGAAAUUCAGCAGCUUGAUCUGAAGGUGGGUGAUUUGGAAGAAGAAAAAGACCUUAUGCAGGCACAAAUAACUAACAUUUCCACCACAUUAGACUCUCACAUACAAUUCAUGUCUGCCACCCAGAGGCAUAUUGAUGAUCUUGAUAAUAGGGGGCGCAUAAAUAAUCUGCGCAUAAGGGGGGUGCCAGAGACCCCGAAUGAAGACCUAACUUUAAUCUUAACAGAGCUCUUUGGCCUAUUGGUACAAGACAUUCCUGCCAACCUCCUGCUACUGGACAGGGAACAUCGCUCCUUGCGUCCCAAGGGUAUCUCCCAAGACUCUCCAAGAGACAUCAUGUAGAUUUCAUUAUUUUGAAACAAAGAACGGGGUAAUGAGAGCACUAAGGGACACCUCACAGCCACUACUAUAUCAUGGUAAUCCCAUACAGAUUUACCCCGACCUCUCCUGGUACACCCUACAGGCCAGACGAGCUCUCAAGCCUAUUACUGAGCUUCUACGCAACAGGAGCAUUAAAUAUCGCUGUAGUUUCCCCUUUGCCCUGAUAGUGAACUAUAAGGGCAACAUCAUCCAAAUAGCCUCUAUUCUAGAUGUCCCUCCCUUCCUUCGGGCUCUGGAGCUUCCAGACACGAGAAUAACAGACUGGAACUACCCGAUACCUCACCAGGACAACGUACAAAUGUGCCAACGACAGAAAUGGGUUACUCCUGCGAAAAUGAGAAGAAAUGACACCAGGUUCACCUCACCACAGGCAAGACGGGGGAGACAGCCCAGCACCCCCGCCCGCAAGCGAACUGCCACUGACGACUAA